AUGGAUUCCUCACCUUCAAGGUUGUCUUUGGGUCCCGCCGCUGGCGUGAAGCGUCCGGCGUCUCUAUUGCCUGCCUUCGAACCCUUAAGCUCAUCCCCCUCUCUUCCUCGGCCCCAAAAGCGUGUGGCACGCGAACCAGCUGUCAAAUAUCCUACCCCGGUACCGACCUCAUCAACCCACAUAAUGUCAUCUUCUCCUCCAGGAAUUGCUGCUGCUCACCCCUUGACGCGUCGUACCUUCUCGGCUACCUCCGAACGUGCCCCUCUGUCCGCCGUGCCCACCCUCAUGCUACCCGAAUCUGGAGAGCCCAUUCUCAUGGGUCGAUCAAGUGCCUCUUGCCACCACCAGCUUGCCGCUAGUAGAAUGAUCUCCCGUGUUCAUGUGAAGGCAACCUAUAAACCCGCACCGAAUCCUUUUGACCGGGACAGAGUUGAGAUCAUGUGCAUUGGCUGGAAUGGAAUCAAGAUACACUGCCAGGGGAAGAAGUAUGAUCUAGCCAAGGGAAAGACAUUCACAUCGGAUAUCAAAGAUGCGGAUAUCAUGAUUGAUGUGCACGAAGCUCGGGUUUUGGUGCAAUGGCCUCGUAAUGAAGCUGAUAGAAAAGACUGCCCGUCCACGGACUCGGAACAAACCUGGGAUGAAGGCACACCAACCCAAAAGACACAUUCUCGAAGAGCAUUGCAGGAUAGUCCUUUCCCUCAGAGCCAGCGUUUGGCCUCUCCUGUCUCCCCGUCGCCAGCAGUGCAACGGACACUGCCUCCAUCGUCUCCUAUUUUCACACCUUCUCGUUCUCGUGCCGCCGUGGUGGUGUAUGAGGAUGGACCCUCUCCGUUGAAACGUCACAAUACUGUUAUUGGUCUUAGCUCGCAAAGUGCCCGCCGUGCCAGUGCUAUUCUGCAAAGCGAUUUCAGUAGACCCGAGGAAGACUCCGACAAUGAUGAGGAAAAUGACCCCAUUGUUCAUUCUUUCGGACCAUUUGGCGAUAAUCUGCUUCCUCGUUUGGCUGCUUUCCGUGCCGAUGAUUCGCCAAUUCGCUCUGCAAGAUCACCGCGGAGCUUGCUGCCCGCCCAAACCCUCCAACCCACACUCUCCCCUAGACAGUGCGCUAAGCCUCAAGAGGUCCGCGAGUCCACACCUAUCAAGGAACGAUCUCAGCAGGAAGAAGAAGAUCUGGAGCGAGUUCGGAACCACGCAAUUAACCAAUUGGCCUUUUCACGGCUGUCCUCCACCCCCUUCUCCACCAUCUUGAACAACCUACCUCCUUCGUUCUGGAGAUCCAGUGCAUCUGCCUCCGGUCCAUCUCGCGCUGAGAUUCGGUUCAUCCUCGAAACAACCAAAUGUAUCGGAAAGGUCGCCCGUGAAGGCAAGGAUGCCGCUGGCAAGCCUCUCGAAAGCGAAUUCUACUACGUGCCAGACGACGAUGACGACGAGAUGCGCCGCGAGACGGUGGUGAAUAACCUACGGAAACCUGGUCUUCGCAACUGCCGUAAGCAGCACAAGGUUUGUGUCACUCUUCUUCUCUCCUCCAAGAGACUCCCCACUGACGUUGCACAGCAAUACUUCUGGCGCAAGCCCAAAUAA